GCCGCCGCCGCCGCCGCCGCGUCUUUCCCUCCGAGGCGCCUAAAGUUUCUUCUCCCCAGCGGAGCCGCCGGGGACUCGGCCGCGGUGGGGAGCCUCGCCGCGCGCGGCAGGGCGCCCUCGCCGUCCUCCGCCGGGCCGUGUGGCCAACGGCGCCCUCUCCUCUCCGGAGCCCGCGCGCCUUCGUCCAGCAUGCUGGCCCGCCCACGGCUCCGGCCCCCGGCCACCGCCGCCUGGGGCCGGCCGCUCCUUUGGCUGCUUCUUGUCGCAGCUGCCGCCGCAGCCGCCGCCUCGUCGUCAGCCGAGCCCCGCUCGCGAAGUUGUUCCGAAGUCAAGAAGCUCUACGUGGCCAAAGGUUUCAGCCAGAGCGAGGCGCCCAGUCACGAAAUCAAUGGUGAUCACUUGAAAGUCUGCCCUCAAGGCUACACAUGCUGCUCUCAAGAGAUGGAAGAAAAAUACAGCCAGCAGAGCAAACAGGACUUCAGAAAUGCUGUGGUGGAACUUAGUAAUAACUUGCAAGCAACCUUCAGUUCCCGGUUCAAAAAGUUUGAUGAAUUCUUCAGAGAGCUUCUCGAGAAUGCCGAGAAAUCCUUGAACGACAUGUUUGUAAGGACUUACGGUCUCCUGUACAUGCAGAAUUCAGAAAUGUUUAAGGACCUCUUUGUGGAGCUGAAGCGCUACUACACGGGCGGCAGCGUCAACCUGGAGGAGAUGCUCAAUGACUUCUGGGCCCGGCUGCUGGAGCGCAUGUUCCGCCUGGUCAACCCCCAGUACCACUUCUCCGAUGAGUACCUGGAGUGUGUCAGCAAGUACACGGAGCAGCUCAAGCCCUUUGGGGACGUGCCCCGCAAGCUGAAGCUCCAGGUGACGCGGGCGUUCGUGGCGGCACGCACCUUCGCACAAGGCCUGGCUGUGGCAAGGGAUGUGGUCGGCAAGGUGUCUGUGGUCAACCCCACACCGCAGGCGGUUCAAGCCUUGCUGAAGAUGAUGUACUGUCCGUACUGCGAAGGCCUAGUUGCUGUCAAGCCGUGUUACAACUACUGUUUCAAUGUCAUGAGGGGCUGCCUCGCCAACCAAGGCGAGCUGGACACGGAGUGGAAUAACUUCAUAGAUUCCAUGCUCAUGGUGGCAGAGAGGCUGGAGGGCCCUUUCAACAUUGAAUCCGUCAUGGACCCGAUUGAUGUGAAGAUCUCUGAUGCCAUAAUGAACAUGCAGGAGAACAGCAUGCAGGUCUCCCAAAAGGUUUUCCAAGGGUGUGGGCAGCCCAAGACACUUGCGCAGAGCCGGACGUCUCGCUCCAUCUCAGAAAGCAGUUUCAGUGCCCGUUUCAGACCCUACAACCCAGAGGAGAGGCCGACCACAGCAGCUGGGACCAGCUUAGAUAGACUGGUGACAGAUGUGAAGGAAAAGCUGAAGCAAGCCAAGAAAUUCUGGUCCUCCCUUCCCAGCAAUAUCUGUAGCAAUGAGAAGAUGGCUGCUGACAGCAUCAAUGAAGAAGAGUGCUGGAACGGAAGUGACAAAAGCAGGUAUGUCUACGCAGUGACAGCGAACGGCUUAGCCAACCAGGCAACCAAUCCUGAAGUGCAAGUUGACACCUUGAAGCCAGACAUGGUGAUUCGCCGGCAAAUAAUGGCUCUCCGCGUAAUGACCAGUAAGAUGAAGAAUGCCUACAACGGGAAUGACGUUGACUUCAUUGAUAUAAGUGAUGAAAGUAGCGGAGAAGGCAGUGGAAGUGGCUGCGACAUGCAGCAGUGCUCUCCCGAAUUCAUGUUCAACGCAACAGAAGUCAAACAGAACACCAACAAAAUGAACAAAAAUGCCAGCCCUGGCAGCGCCUCCCCCAGGGUGGCGUUCUUAGAAGCACCUCUCCUCUUCAGCACCCUCUUUUUCCUAGCCAUGCAGAGACAGUGGAGAUAACUGUGCCACUCCUUUCUUUCUUUUAUUUUUGAGGGUGGAAAUUGACUGCUAUUAAAACGAAACAGGCACCCGAA